AUGAUUUAUUGGAAUGAUGAUCCAAAUAUUAACCUUACUUGGGUCGAUAAUCCCUCCCCGAAGAUAGUCGAGGCACAUACAGGAGCAGAAGAUUUAAUAUCAACAUGGUCCAUGUUUCUCGAUUGCUCAACUUUGCUAGAAGUGGGAAAUUCAUUGAGGAAUAGUUUCGAGCCAGUGGUGCAGAUAUUUUGCCCUCCACUCCGAGAAAGUUGUUUGCAUUUUAAUAUUUCCGAAUGGAGCGAUAUUUCCGCUAUUAAAACCGAGCACAACAUUCGACUCAUGCUUAAAAGUACCGACCAGUUGGAACAUGAAGUGUUCGUAGGGUACGGUAUAAAAAUUACGUUGGCUGACUGUGAAAAUGGUAGUAGGGGUAUAAGAAUAAGUCAAGGAUUCAAUUCCAUAGUGCUAACCGAAGAAGCCGUAAAUCGUUUCCUCUCCGCUGUACAUUUUGUACAUCAAAAAUUGGAUUUUCUAAGCGAUUAUUCGACGUACUGGUACUAUCAGGACUUUGCGGAUGAAGUAGCGGAUGAUCUUUGCAAGGACGGUCUGUUCGAUGAACAAAACAUUUUGUCAAGAGGAAAAUUUUUCUGUCAAAAUCUUAAGUUACUAAAAAAGUUGGUUGCACACUCAUAUGUAACCGAGAAAAUGCUGAAGGAGAAACAAUAA